AUGUCCGGACGCGGCAAGCAAGGCGGAAAGGCCCGAGCCAAGGCUAAGACCCGCUCUUCGCGGGCCGGACUCCAGUUCCCUGUGGGCCGCGUGCACCGCUUGCUCCGCAAGGGCAACUACUCCGAGCGAGUCGGGGCCGGCGCGCCAGUGUAUCUGGCGGCGGUGUUGGAGUACCUGACCGCCGAGAUCCUGGAGCUGGCGGGCAACGCGGCCCGCGACAACAAGAAGACCCGCAUCAUCCCCCGACACCUGCAGCUGGCCAUCCGCAACGACGAGGAGCUAAACAAGUUGCUGGGUAAAGUCACAAUUGCUCAGGGCGGUGUUCUGCCCAACAUCCAGGCUGUACUGCUCCCCAAGAAGACUGAGAGCCACCACAAGGCCAAGGGCAAGUAA